AUGCAGAAGACGGGAGCCCUGCUCCUCCUGGCGUGCCUGCAGGCCUCAGGGCAGCGGCCCGAGGUCACCAUUCCCGAUGGGACCCUCGUGGGGAUACCCAUGACCACCAUACAUGGCAGGACCGUGUCUGCGUUCCGCAACAUACCCUUUGCUGCUCCUCCUGUUGGGCCUCUCAGGUUUCAACUACCUCAACCAGUAAGACCAUGGAGGAUCCCCAGAGAUGCUGGUGUGAUGGCUCCCGCAUGCCUGCAAUACUUCUCUCUCUUCCGAGUCACAGGUGGCCAAGAAGACUGCCUGUACCUCAAUGUAUUCACACCACAGUUGCCCUCGUCUGGAAGUGACGUAUCAUUACCAAUCAACGUAUACAUCCAUGGAGGAGCUUUUGAAUUUGGUACAGGUGCAGCCUAUGGACCGAGGUACUUACUCGACUACGAUAUGAUACUUGUUACGAUCAACUAUAGACUUGGAGUCUUUGGCUUCUUGUCGACUGAGGAUGGGGUCAUUCCUGGUAAUAUGGGACUUAAGGAUCAGGUCGCUGCUCUCCGCUGGGUACAGAAUAACAUUGCAUAUUUUGGUGGUGAUCCAACACAAGUCACUAUUAGUGGAACAUCUGCAGGAGCAUCUAGUGUCCAUUUCCACUUCUUAUCGAGGAUGUCUAGAGGCCUUUACACCAGGGGGAUAUGCAUGAGUGGGACAUCAUUAAUGCCUAGCGCAUUGCAGAAAGCUCCUCUUUUCAAAGCUACAACAGUCGGAAAGCUGAUGAACUGUUCUUUCACUAACACACAACAGCUAGCUAAUUGUUUAAUUAGAGCACCAGGUUCCGAACUAGUAGCCCAAGAAUCUGUGUUUUAUAAAUUUUAUGGUACACCGAUUGGGCCAUUUGGGCCUGUAGUUGAAAGAGGAGGUCAAAGUCCAUUUUUGACACAAUUACCUUAUGAAACGUUGAGGACAGGAGAAGUGAACAAUGGUCCGAUGCUGUUUAGUAUAGUGACCCAUGAAGGAAUCUUUCCAGCAGCAGAGUUUCUAGCAAAUGAAACUGGACUAAAUUACCUCAAUGACAACUAUCUGGAAGCAUUUCCUUCUUUGUUGGACUACGGCUUCACAGUGACCACUGACAAUAUGAACGAAACAAGCAUGAAGAUCAGAGAAUAUUACUUUGGAGAAGAACCUAUAUCAAUGGAAUACAACCAAACAAUAAUCCAAAUGGCUGGAGAUAGAACAAUCACAGAUGAUGUAGAAACAACAGCGAGGUUACAGGCAUAUGUAAGGUCAUCUCCCAUAUAUUUUUACCGCUUCGGUUAUAGAGGACAAAACAGUCUUUCAAAUAUAGUUAGCGGUACUGAUAUAAAUUGGGGUGUUUCUCAUGGUGAUGAUACACUUUACAUAUUCAAUGCUACAUACUUACUCUCAGAAUCUACGCCAUCUGAUCGUGCGAUGAUCAAUAUAAUGAGUGGAAUGUGGGCCAACUUUACGAUCACUGGGAUUCCAAGUGUAGGAAGAAGUACUAAAUGGCUUCCAAUAAACAGAGCCACUGCCAUGACGGGUCCAUACAAUUAUUUAAUGAUUUAUUCUCCUAAUUCGUUUUCGCUCAACAGCACAAAAACACAAGCUAGACUGUUAACACGCACACAGACCAUUUUGCGGGACUUGGUUAUUUGGACUCAGGGGACCUCAAAACGUGUAUUUCCGUUGAAAACUCAGAUUCAAAAAUUUUCACGACCGCAUAUAUAG